AUGGCUCAGCCCGAUGACCCACAAACCGAGCCGCCGCCCACCGCCAGACACAGGCACUUCUUCUCCAGGCUUCUGGAUCGCGCGCAUCAGCGAGGGCGCUCCGAGUCGGUGCCUCCCAAGGCCUUUGCUGGUUCUCAGGCUGCGCCUCAGCUGCAGUCUCCGGAGGAGACGAUCUCGCCAGACCAAAAUCAUGACCCCGUCAAGGGCGCCGGCACCGCCACGCGCCGCGUGUCGAGGAGUGUCGUUCCUGGCCUGCCCCGUGUGAAGACUUUCAAGCGCCAGCUGUCGGAGGAUAGGGACCGUCUGGCGCCCGUCGAGCCCACGCUCGAGGAGAGAAGGGCGGUGUCGAUGGAUAGGCGUUCUCAUGCCCUUCACACGCGGCAUCAAGGGCAGACAGAUCCACGCGCAAGCGCCCCGGACCACGUCAGCUCAGCAGCAGCUAAUCAUGAAUCUGCCCCCUUUUCGUCGUCAACGCUCGCCCAAGACACCACCGACACCGAUCCGCAAUUGCUGGGCGGCGAACCCUUUGGAGACGACUUGCAGCAACCUCGGGGCUACGAAUCGGAAGCCAUGACAGAGGAUGGAUCUAUAGCACCCGUAGAGUUCGACGAGUUUGACAGAAUGCUCCGUUAUGAGCUGGAGACAACCUGGAUUCUCAACCUCAGCAUGCGCUACAAGGACCGCUCCAAUCGGGAAAAGUUCUUUGUCACCUACCGUGAGAGCGAACAGCUGUGGCGGCGUGUCACUGUCACGCUCGACUACCGGAAUGCGCCCGAGGGCUCGCUCGAGGAGGAGCUGUUGGGAAUGAAGUACCAGCGCGACAAGAGCUCCAAGAUUUACGAGUCAAUACGUCAAAGCCUGCCAGAGAUCCAGUUCUACGAUACUGUCACCAACCUCAAACUCGAAACGACGGAUGACCGGCUGCAUGUGCACGUGGUGGAGGACGGCAACGAGACCUUCGACUACCCCCCAGUCCAGCAGGUGGCACACCUCGGGUGCAAGCUUGUGAGGGAGCGAGAGCUGUUGUUCGACCAUCACAUGUCCGGGUUUGUGUACAAGGUCUCUAUCGACAACCAGCCCCUAAUCAAGAAGGAAAUCCCCGGGCCGCAGACGGUGGAGGAGUUCCUCUACGAGAUCAAUGCCUUGAGCAGCUUAACGUACUCGGACCAUGUGAUACAAUUUUUCGGGUUGGUGGUAGACGAUGAGCGCGAGUGCGUCAAGGGUCUUCUUAUCAGUUACGCAAACGGCGGUGCACUCGCCGACAUCAUCUACGACAGUUGCAAGGAGAGGAGGCAAGGGCUAGCGCAGUUUCUCAAGGAACGCUGGGCGAAGCAGAUCAUCCGCGGUCUGGCUGAUGUCCACGAGUCCGGCUUUGUGCAGGGUGACUUUACGCUGUCCAACAUUGUCAUUGACGAGUACGAGAAUGCCAAGAUCAUAGACAUCAAUCGAAGAGGCUGCCCGGUCGGGUGGGAGCCUCCCGAGGCGACGGCCCUGAUCGAGUCCAAUCAGCGCAUCACCAUGUACAUUGGUGUCAAGUCUGACUUGUACCAGCUCGGUAUGGUGCUGUGGGCACUAGCGAUGGAUGAAGACGAGCCGGACAGGGAGGGACGACCACUCAUCCUGGGGGACGAUGCUCAGAUAGCCGACUGGUACAGGAAGGUGACCAACAUUUGCCUCAGCCCCGAUCCUCGGAACCGCCUGCAGGCUUCCAUGCUCGUGCAGCUACUCCCUGACGAUCCUGUGCCUGCCACGAACCUCGCCCCUGCGGACGACGCCCUGCACGCAACGCCGCAGCAGGAAUACCACCCGGACGGCCGGCCGAGGAUCAAGGUCAAUGACUUGAAUAGCCGAUGGUUCAGCCCGGAUCGCUCCAAUGGGCCGAGCGAUUCGCGAGGUUAUCACGCCUGGCAGCAUUAUGCCCCCCGAGGCCGCUCUCCUCCGAGUCCGAUGCCAAGCAACGUCGACAGCGGUUCCAAGUCUCCACGUAGAUUCCACACAGAGUCUGCGUGGGCUGCGAACAGGAAUAUCCGGCCUUGCUACAGCGACAUUGGGGCGGACGAGGUGGUGCAGCAGCUCACACCGAGCGCCUCGGGCGAGAUGCCCACCUUCUUGCUGCCGCAGGAGAUGGACGGCAUGGCGGGUUGGAUGACUGAUAACCAGCUUCUUGGUUCGGCAGACGCGACGCCAUGCCCCACCAAGGAGCGCUCCUUUGAAGACGCGGUUGCCAGCGAGGCGGGGGCGCACGACAUUCAAGAUCCAGAGCAUCUCAACAAAGACGCUCUGCCGUCGGCAUCGCACCCUGAAAACCCGACAGCAGAGGAUGAUGAAGCCACGACACCCAAGGUUCACGGGCCAGCAACAGACCCUGUCAAAGACCCUUUGGACAAUGAGGCUGAACUUGUCGAGAAAUUCGCCGAUCCGGGUCAAGAUGCAGCAGAAAAUGUAGAAACUGGUACCGCCUCGCUGGCAGUUCGACAAGAGCCUGCGGAACCCGUCACCACCAGCCCCGAGCCCAGCGCCGUGGCCGCGGAAGCCGGGACAGACGGCAGUAUCCUCGACCGGUCCGAGUGCUUGUCAGACAGCGCGGCACUUCUCGGUGUCGCCCAGCUUGGCGAGAAGAUCUUGGCCGGAAAAGCGUCGUCUGGAAGUGACUCGGCCGACGAAUCUUCGGCCGUGGUUGAGCAGGUAGGAACUGAAGAUGCAGCGGUCAAGGACGAUGAGCCAGCCUUGACUGAUAUACGUACUGCUGCCGACGUUGUCGAUGCCGAUGUCAGGCCCAAGACGGCCGUCGAGGAGCCGUCAAAGGCAUCAAAGGCGCCAGAGGCGCCUGAAGGCGAUCUGCCAUCCAGCUCAACAGAUGUAGAGGCGGCGCAUGGAAAUGAAGUGGACAGCAACAAGGGAGCGAGUGAGGCUGGUCCGACAGUUGACGGCCCAAAGGAACCCUCCAACCUGUCCAUGCCAGGACAUGAGGCGUCCGGGGACGUCGACGCACAGCCGAACUACGAGUUCAGCACGACGCCGAGAAUCUAUCCUUGCGAACAACAGGACGGAUUGGACUUUAGGGCUGGCGACCUCACGCCAGAGAGAGAUCCGAUGCGGGCAAAAGAAUACGAAGGCAACUUUCACAUUGUCUCGAGACAGGAGGCAUUCUUAACGACAGAUGGACGUACAUGA